CUACCCAACACACUUUGCCAGAUCUGACAACUCUGCACAUCCACAUCAGCUGAUUUCUCGAUCGCUCUCUCCGUUUUCUGUUGUUAUUUAAUUGAUAAACUUGUUGCGGGGGGGCCACUCUCCAGAUAACCCCCCACUUUUAAAUUAAUAAAUAUUGCGCAAUGGUGCAACUAACUCAAAUCCUCAGAAUGGCGUGCCAAAACCAGAAUGCCGCCAACUUUUUGAGCAACGGCAAGAAGAUUGUGGGGGUGGCUCUCAAUUACAUGGACGUUGUGAAGGCCAAGAACGUUCCCGUGCCCAAGGAGCCGCUCGUCUUCCUCAAGCCCACAUCUUCCUACCUCCAGGAGGGUCAGCCCAUUGUGUUACCCAAAGUCUUUACCAAGGUGGCAUAUGAAGUGGAACUAGGCGUGGUGAUUGGAAAGAACUGCAAGAACGUAUCCAAGGCAGAUGCCAUGAGCUAUGUGGCAGGAUACUGUCUGGCUUUGGAUCUAACUGCGCAGUGCAAUUUGGGAGCAGCUCGGGAAGCCGGUCAUCCGUGGAGCUUGGGCAAGGGAUUUGACACUUCUACGCCCGUGUCCCAGUUCAUACCCCUCGAAAAAGUGACGGACCCGCACAACCUGCCGCUUUGGCUCACCGUCAAUGGAGAACUUAAGCAAAGCGGGUGCACUGCAGACUUAAUAUUCAAGGUGCCCGACAUUAUUUCCCACGUGUCCAAGUACAUGACCCUAGAGGCCAACGAUCUGAUCCUGACCGGAACGCCAAAUGGUGCCGAUGCGUUCAAGGCAGGCGAUGUAAUUCAGUGCGGAAUGGCCGAUCUCGCUAAAUUGACCUUCCAAGUGGAGGCUGAAUAAAUGAACAAGUUAAUGUUGAUGCUAUAUUCGGAUAUAA